AUGAGUCAGUCUGAGGAGAAAGACGUGGGAGUCCCUCCUGCCAACACCACUCAGUGUGAAGGACAUGGCGGCAAGACGGAGGCUCACGAGAGCUCAGAUUCUUCAAGCAGUGUGUCCAUGAGAAGUGACUCGUCUAUGGCUCCACCUUUGGCUUUUAAACAGCCAGAUUCUUAUUCAGACAACCAGCAGCAGUUUGGUGCUGCAGAGCGCAGCCAGUCCUCUUCGUGGCCCAGCAGUGUGUCCAUGAAGAGUGACAUGUCCAUGAUGCAACCUGUGGUUUUUAAACAGAGACAUUCAUAUUCGGAAAUUGAGCCUCAGAUUUUAGAAUCUCCUGCUCAAAGCUUUGGCUCUGCAGAGGGCGACCUGUCGAUGGAUCUCCUUUUUGAUUAUGAACAGCAAAAACCUUAUUCAAAGCUACAUUAUGGAGCAGGACAAAGUUUCCCCCCACAGAUGGACGCAAACGCUUCACUGGACGAUAUAUUCAAGUCUCUUGAGGUGAACAUUUUUUGCUAUGUGCGGAACGAGCUGAAGAGGUUCCAGAGAGUUCUAGAGACACAAUGGAUGGAUGAAGAGGAGGAAGAAAGAAGGAGCAUCGGAGAGGCAUUUCUGAAGAUCACACAGCACUUCCUGCACACAAUGAAUCAGAAGAAACUGGCUGACUGUCUGCAGAGCAAAACUCUUGGUGCCAUGUGCCAACGUAAACUCAAAUCAAACCUGAAGAACAAGUUUCAGUGUGUGUUUGAGGGAAUCCCUAAAGCAGGACAUCCGACACUCCUGAAUCAGAUGUACACGGAGCUCUACAUCACAGAGGGAGGAACAGUGGAGGUCAAUGAUCAACACGAGAUCAGACAGAUUGAAUCAGCAGCCGGGAAACCAGCUGCACCAGAAACAAUAAUCAGAUGUGAAGACAUCUUUAAACCCUCACCUGAAAGAGAUGAACNCACAAGCACUGGACAACUUGUCAAGACAGAGGGUAAAAUGAAUGUUUCAAAUUACAGGGAAAUCCUGGAGGAUGACCUGAUGCAGUCUGUAAGAGAAGUGUGA